CUGUCAGUUCGUCUUCAUCUUAAGUGAGUAUCAACUGCACCAUCUUGUUUUGAGACUGGUUUCACCAGACAGCAUGAGUCUGUGUGACGACAAAGAUGGAGUCCCUCCCUCUCAAACCACCAGCCAAGCUCAGAGCCCAGAGCAGCAGCACAGACAGCAGUCUGCUGGAGCUGGAUGGAAACCUGGAUCCAGCGAUGUGUCCUUAAAGAGCGACACCUCCUUUAAGUGGAUCAUUGAUUUUAAGGAUAACCGACCUGAUGCUGAAACAAGAAUUGACUGGAGGAGCUCAGAGAAUCCAAGUACCCAGGAGCAUGAAACACACCUUAAUUCUGUAUUUAUGCGGCUGGAGGACAAAAUUUUCACUUUUGUGAAAAAAGAGCUGAGGCACAUCCAAAAGAUUCUGGGGUCAAAUUUCCCAGAGAGUCAGACGGAGGACGAGGAGGUGUUGAACAGUGAAGACGAAGCGCAGAGAAGGAGCAGCAGAGAUGCAUUUCAGAAAAUUGUACUGAACUUCCUGAGAACAAUGAAGCAGGAGGAGCUGGCUGACUGUCUACAGAGAGGAAAUCUUGCAGGGGGUUGUCAGAACAAACUUAGAUCCAACCUCAAGCAGAGGUUCCAGAGUGUGUUUGAGGGCAUCCCUAAAUCAGGAUGUCCCACCCUUCUGAACAAGAUUUACACAGAACUCUACGUCACAGAGGGAGGAACUGGAGAGGUCAACGAUGAACAUGAGGUCAGGCAAAUUGAAGCAGCAUCCCGGAAACCAGACAGAGCAGAAACAUCAAUUAAACCAGAAGACAUCUUCAAAGGCCCACCUGGAAGAGAUGGAGUCAUCAGAACAGUGAUGACAAAGGGAGUGGCUGGCAUUGGGAAAACAGUCCUAACACAGAAGUUCACUCUGGACUGGGCUGAAGACAAAGCCAACCAGGACAUACACUUCACAUUUCCAUUCACAUUCAGAGAGCUGAAUGUGCUGAAAGAGCAAAAGUUGAGCUUGGUGGGACUUGUUCAUCACUUCUUCACUGAAACCAAAGCAGCAGGAAUCUGCAGCUUUGAACAGUUCCAGGUUGUUUUCAUCUUGGACGGUCUGGAUGAGUGUCGACUUCCUCUGGACUUUCACAAGACUAAAACCCUGACUGAUGUCACAGAGUCCACCUCAGUGGAUGUGCUGCUGACAAACCUGAUCAGGGGGAACCUGCUUCCCUCUGCUCGCCUCUGGAUCACCACACGACCUGCAGCAGCCAAUCAGAUCCCUCCUGAGUGUGUUGACAUGGUGACGGAGGUCAGAGGCUUCACUGACCCACAGAAGGAGGAGUACUUCAGGAAGAAAUUCAAACAUAAGCAGCAGGCCCCAGCAAUCAUCGCACACAUCAAGACAUCACGAAGCCUCCACAUCAUGUGCCACAUCCCAAUCUUCUGCUGGAUCACUGCUACGGUUCUGGAGCAUGUGUUGGAAACUGAAGAGGGAACAGAGCUGCCCAAGACCCUGACUGACAUGUACAUCCACUUCUUGGUGGCUCAGACCAAAGUGAAGAAUGUCAGGUACGAUGGAGGAGCUGAGACAGAUCCAGUCUGGAGUCCAAAGAACAGGAAGAUGAUUGAGUCUCUGGGGAAACUGGCUUUUGAGCAGCUGCAGAAAGGAAAUCUGAUUUUUUAUGAGUCAGACCUGACCGAGUCUGGCAUCGAUGUCAAAGCAGCCUCAAUUUGCUCUGGAGUGUUCACACAGAUUUUUAUAGAGGAGAGAGGACUGUACCAGCACAAGGUGUUCUGCUUUGUCCAUCUAAGUGUACAGGAGUUUCUGGCUGCUCUUCAUGUCCAUCUGACCUUCAUCAACUCUGGUGUCAACCUGCUGUCAGAUGAGCAAUCAGCCUCUCAAAGAUAUGAAAUCAGAAAAGACAAAUGCACAGAGAAACAGUUCUACCAGGUAGCUGUGGAUAAGGCCUUGCAGAGUACAAAUGGACAUCUGUACUUGUUUCUCCGCUUCCUCUUGGGUCUUUCACUGCAAACUAAUCAGACUCUAAUUCCAGAGCUGCUGAUGCAAACAGAAAGUGUGUCACAAGCCAAUCAGGAAACAAUUCAGUACAUCAAGAAAAAGAUCAGUGAGAGUUUGUCUACAGAAAACACCAUUAACUUGUUCCACUGCCUCAAUGAACUGAAUGACUGUUCCCUGGUGGAUGAGAUACAACAUUGCCUCAAAUCAGGAAGUCUCUCCAAAGAUGGACUGUCUCCUGCUCAGUGGUCGGCUCUGGUCUUCAUCCUACUGUCAUCAGGGAAAGAUCUGGAUGUGUUUGAUCUGAAGAAAUACUCUGCUUCAGAGGAGGCUCUGCUGAGGCUGUUGCCUGUGGUCCAAGCUUCUAAGAAAGCUCUAUUGAGUGACAGCAACCUGUCAAAAAAAAGCUGCAAUUCUCUGCCCUCAGUUCUCAGCUCCCAGUUCUGUAGACUAAGAGAACUGGACUUGAGUAACAACAAUCUGAAGGACUCGGGAGUGAAGUUCCUGUCUUCUGGACUGAAAAGUCAUCAUUGUACACUAGAAAUCCUCAGGCUAUCAGGUUGUCUGAUCACAGAGGAAGGCUGUGCCUCUCUGGCCUCAGCUCUGAGCUCCAACCCCUCCCAUCUGAGAGAGCUGGACCUCAGCUACAACCACCCAGGAGACUCAGGAGUGAAGCUGCUGUCUGCUGGAGUCAAGAAUCCACACUGGAGACUGGACACUCUCAGAGUGGAGCCUGCUGGAGUUCAGUGGUUAAGACCAGGUCUGAGGAAGUAUUUUUGUAAACUUGCAGUUGACACAAACACGUUGAACAGGAAGCUACAACUGUCUGACAAUAACAUGAAGGUGUCAUGGGUGGAGGAGGACCAGUCAUACCCUGAUCACCCAGACAGAUUCGACUCCAAGCUUCAGCUGCUAUGUAGUAACGAUCUGACUGGUCGCCGCUGUUACUGGGAGGUCGAGUGGACAGGAACAGUUUAUUUGUCAGUUAGUUACAAAGGAAUCAGCAGGAGAGGAAACAAAGAAGACUGUUGGUUUGGAGGAAACGAUCAGUCCUGGAGUGUGAUUUGCUACGAGGAUGGUCGUUACUAUAUUUGGCACAAUAACAAAGGAGCGAACAUCACUCCUCCCUCCUCCUCUCCUGUCUCCAACAGAGUAUCUGUGUAUGUGGACUAUCCUGCUGGAACUGUGUCAUUCUACAGUGUCAUAUCUGAUAAACCAAUCCACCUCCACACCUUCAGCAACAGAUUCACUGAGCCUCUGUACCCUGGAUUUGGAGUCUGGUAUCCUGGUUCCUCUGUGUCUCUGUGCAAAUUGUGGUCCUAAGAAAGUCCAAAGAAAGGAUUCAUUCAAAAAUCCAAAUGGCUGCUCUCUGAGCUUUACUGGUAAAACAACCCAUUAAUGUAGCUGUAGGACGACUUUAGUGUUGAACACAAACAUUCUCUAAUUUGUUAAGAAAUGCAUCAACAACACUGAUGGUAAAGCAAAAACCGACAUAAAUUUGCAGGAGGACGUCGCCACAGGAGAAAAGUUAAUAGUUAUUCUAUUGUUUAAAUCUGUUUCAAUACUUCAUGUUGUAAGUUCUGUGUUGUUUAGCCUGUGAAGGUUUAGCUCUGGUGUGUGCUAAUGUAAAGCACUUCAAUGGAAAAGUGGUGCUUAGAGUUCCUCUGCUCAAAAUGCUUUUUCUACAUUUUAUCUGGGGCAGAUGGCGACAGGGUGAGAGAGGUAUUGUUCUUUUUUUGUUUUUUACUUUUUACAUAAUGCCUUCUCAGAAUAUAGGUUUUAGGAUUUCUCCUUUCUGUCAGUUCCGUAAUCCGUCAGUUGGCUUUGGCCAAAAUGCUAGAAAGUCCACAGGGAGGGUUUGUCAUAACCCAAUAUGAGUUUGUAAAUAAACCUAACGUCUGGAUGACGUAGUUGCUUUCAACAUUUCUUAAAUAAAAAAUUACUGUAUUUACA